UUGACUUGUCACCGACUCCCACCCACACACCCCAAGCAGGGGCAGACGGUGAGUUUGAACCAUCUGUCUUCUGGUUUUCAACCUAACCCCACAACCACUACACCGAGAGGGGUUCCUGAUCCCACAAUAGGAGGACAGACAGACACACGAGGGACGGAACAUGACGCAUCCACAGGCUAAGGGAGGGCUGAGGGACCUCCCCUGGAUCACUCUGAGGCGGCAGGCCCCCAAUACCCUGGCCCCCGACUCCCAGCCUCUGUACCCAUGAGGCCCCCACCGGUCCUCCCUGCAGUGCUGAGACAUGGGCACUGUCUGCCCAGGAGUUCCGGCUAGUCUCCUUCGCUGUCCCAGCCCAUGGGGCCAGCUGCCUGUUCACCUGCAGCCCGCCUCAGUUCACCUGAGACCCGGACCCAGGCUCCAUCCCAGGGGCCCCUCCCUCUGUGCCUCUUCUCCCCUGAUGACUCCUCUGGUGUCAGCUCAGAGCUGGGGCCACAUGUCCCCAGCUGUUCGGCCACUAUUGAGCCGGACUGGUCACAGCAGCCGGAAGUCCUGCAGGCCCUCCUCCCCUCUCGAGCAGGCAGAUGUUCACUCUCUGGCUGCUUUGCAGGAGGGCUUAGACAGCUGCCUCGACACUCCGCAUCUGUGAAACGGGGCAGCCUGUCUGCACCCCAAGGGCCAGGCGCAGCUGCUCAGGUCCCAGCUGGAAAUCAUAGAGGCCCAAGUCCGCCUGUCCCCUCCCACUCAUCAAGGCCAGUCACGGAGGGCUCUCCAAGCACAGAUGAGCAGAAGUCCCUGCCCCCUCCGGUGAAGACAGCUCGCUUGUGGCCCACCCACCUGCCCCGGAGCCAUCUGGACACGGGGGAGCCUGCCCCCAUACCCAAAUCCCACCCUGCUCUGCAUGACCUGGGGGCCCUGACCCAGAGCCUAGAUGUUGCAGCCACUCUGAUGCCCUGGGCACAUGGCACACAGAUGCACAAGCCACCAGCCUGGGCUCAGCGGCAAAUUGCUGAUGACGGACUGAUGUCACCAGGGCAUGUACAGGAAGCAAGAACUCACACAGAGCCCGGCUGAGUUUCCAUGUCACCGUUUCCUGGGCACACGGGAACUGACUGGCCCUCACUCCACCUGUGGCUGCUCGUGGCAGAGGUUGCAGUGACCCAGGGGGGUCUGGGGCGGGACCCUAGGGCCAGUGGUGAAGAAAGUAGCACCUAUGUUUCCUGUGCACUGUGAGCCAAAGGCAGCGCACCCCCAGACUUGCUGAUGGUGAGAACAGCACCCCCACUGGGCCAGCAACCAGGCUGCGCAUCAUGAACCAGUGCACCUUUGGGGACCUGGAGUAGCAGGCCCAGGAGACACCCGGAAAUUGUUAGCGAACCGCCCUCUUGGGGGAAUGCCCAAAGGCAGGGCCUGGCCAAGCCAGGCCCGAGUUCCAGCCAGCCGAGGGGCUAGCUCGUCUUCUCAGCCCCACGGUGGGGCAGCUACACAGUCAACCCCCAGGGACCUGGCCACUGUCCUGGCAGGACUCUGCCUCACCAGGGGCCUCAUCUUGGUCAGCUGUCACUGUGAGCUGCUGCCGAUGUGCACGGCAGAGGGGGGCGCACAGGAGCCAGGCCCGCCCCGGGGCACUCGUGGGGGCCUUCUGUCUUGACUACGCUCCCCAGGGCCAGCCUGUGCCUCAGGAAGGCGGAGUGGAGCAGGCGCAGUUGGCCCAGCUCCCGGGGGCUGAAGCAGGGGUGCCUCUCGGCGAAGUCCAGGAUGCCCUUGAAGCACGCGGCAGCCUUCUCCCAGGCGCCCGGAGCCUCC